ACCCGCUGGCAGGUGGUAUAAAACCUCCCCGGUCCGUCCUGCAAAAGAAUAAAAUAAAUAAAGAUUUGGUAAUAACGAGAGCCUAGAGCGUCUAAUAGAAAUUAUAAGGGGUCAUGUCUUCGCGUCCUAUAACAAUAACCAUAACCACCGGAGAACCCAUGGUUAACUACAACGAGUUGAGCUUUCAUGGACCUAGAGGCAAUCUGAUGGAGCAGGUGGACCUGGGCUCUGGGUCUACCCUGGAUCUCAUAAACAACUGCGAGAGGGCUGAGGUGGACAUUGGCUCAACAAGACUAUGGAAGGACCAGAAGCAUCAAGAGCCUGAUGCAGAGAAUGCAGAUGGAAUGAAACCACUGCUUGUCAGCGUCUUCAAGAUCCCCCUCCUCCUCUUUCUCCUCUUCAUGUUUGUCUGUUCCCUGGACAUCCUGAGUUCAGCCUUCCAGUUGGCUGGGGGUAAGGUUGCAGGAGACAUCUUCAAGGACAACGCCAUACUGUCCAAUCCAGUAGCUGGGCUAGUGGUGGGGAUCCUUGUCACUGUUUUGGUCCAGAGUUCCAGCACGUCCACCUCUAUCAUCGUCAGCCUGGUGUCUUCUGGAUUGUUAAAUGUAAGCUCAGCUGUUCCGAUCAUUAUGGGAUCCAACAUCGGCACCUCAGUCACCAACACCAUUGUGGCUCUAAUGCAAGCUGGAGAGCGAAACGAAUUCAAACGGGCCUUCGCAGGAGCCACUAUCCAUGACUGCUUCAAUUGGCUCUCUGUGCUGGUUUUGCUGCCCUUAGAGGUGGCCACCGGCCUACUGAACCAUAUGGCCAGCACCCUGGUGAAGAGCUUCCAUAUCCAAAGUGGAGAGGACGCUCCAGAGCUGUUGAAGGUCAUUACAGAGCCCCUCACCAAACUCAUCAUCCAGCUGGAUAAGUCCGUUAUCACCGGAAUCGCCAUGGGAGACGAGAGCAUGCGGAACAGGAGUCUUGUGAAAGUGUGGUGUGGGACCAGCCUGCUGCCAUCUCGGCACACGUCCACCACUGGUCUUCAAAACAACACUCUCCCACAAUCCGUGUGGCUGGCAGAGGAUCCGAUAUCACCGGUCAACUUGCAGAAAUGUAGACACCUGUUCGCUGACUGCUCCAUGUCAGAUCUGUGGGUGGGCCUUAUUCUGCUGGCCACCUCCCUCGCUGUUCUCUGCACCUGCUUGAUCCUGUUGGUCAAACUGCUCAACUCUCUCCUGAAAGGGCAAGUAGCCAAGGUCAUCCAGAAGAUCAUCAACACGGACUUUCCCCAUCCGUUCGGUUGGGUGACGGGCUACCUGGCCAUGCUGGUGGGUGCCGGGAUGACCUUCGUGGUUCAGAGUAGCUCCGUCUUCACAUCUGCCUUGACCCCUCUGAUAGGCAUUGGUGUCAUCAGCCUUGAGAGGGCCUACCCACUGACCCUGGGCUCCAACAUCGGCACCACCUCCACUGCGAUCCUCGCCGCCCUGGCCAGUCCCGGGGACAAGCUGGCGGCCGCCAUCCAGAUCGCCCUCUGCCACUUCUUCUUCAACAUCCUGGGCAUUCUGCUCUGGUACCCGAUCCCUGCCACGCGCCUUCCCAUCCGCAUGGCGCGGACGCUGGGCGAUCGCACGGCCAAGUACCGCUGGUUCGCCAUUCUCUACCUGGUGCUGUGCUUCCUGCUGCUGCCCUCGCUCGUCUUCGGCCUGUCGGUGGCCGGCUGGCAGGUCAUGGUGGGCGUGGGGGCGCCCUUCGCUGGCGUCACCGCCUUCAUCCUGCUCAUCAACAUCCUGCAGUCCCAUAGCCCCCAGCGGCUCCCGGCAAGGCUUCAGACCUGGGACUUCCUGCCGUCAUGGAUGCGCUCCAUGAAACCCAUGGAUAAGCUAAUCACCAAGGCGACGCCGUGCUGUGGCGCCAGUCGCCAUGGUGAUGUCCAGCCCCACCCGCCCCAGUACGGCCCAGGCUCCGCCCCUGUGCUGAGGAAAGCACCACAGGUGUAUGAAAACCCAGCUCCCUACUUGGAUGAGGCCACCGGCCCUGCCCCGGUCUUCAAGUUGCGGGGUCUGGAGAGGUGCAACAGCACUCCUCUGUAGGACACUUAUUAGAAUCUGCUUUUACUUUUGCCUCCCAUGUAGCAAAUCCAGAUUUGGGAGUAGCUGAUGUGUGACCCGAAGCCGUACAGAAUGCAGGAAGCCACUUUUCUGCCAGUGGGAGAUAAAUGUGUGUGUGUGUCUAUUUUAUAAUACUAUUCUGUAAAUUAAGUCAGUGAUUGUAGAAAAAAUGCGGUGUAGUAUAUAAAGUGGCGAAAUGCCCAUAAACACUUGAGGUCCGGGUGCGAUUGCCGAAAGCGAACGAGCUUUUGUUCAAGAGCUGAUCUCUCCAUUCUGCGGAAAAGCACUUCCUCUUGAUGUUUCUGAAGUAUCGCAAUGUAAGAACGAUACGGACCUUGUGCGAGUUCUGGAAGCCUGUCGUGUGUGAGUGGUGGGGAGGCUGGUGAGGGCCGUUGCUCUGAGGCGGUUGGAGGCCCCCCACCUCACACACACACACACUUUUGGACUCUAUUAAAAUGGGAAAAUAAAUUCCUAUUUAUGA